ACUAAACCUUGGGAGGAAAAUGCAAUCAAGCAAUGCUACCUCAGCAAGAAGGGCAAAAUAUUGAUGCUGCUGAGUUGGCGGAAUUCCCAUCUUGCGCUUCCAGGGACGCCCCAUUGUGGAAUUUCCAUGACAAACCACCGCAAGAAAAGGAAAAGGCUGAAAAACCUAAACAGCCACAUGAGAAGGCUAAGGUCAGAUAUGGAAGAAAUAAGUAAGGAUCAAAAAAUGAUCAAAGAGGGGCAGAGACAAGUAAGAGAAAAAUUUGCAGCCGUUGAAUUGGAAUGUGAACAACUUCGAAAGGAGACUAACCUCAUAAUGCAGCAGAGUGCCAACACCCAAAUCCGCCUUGCUUUCAUGUUCCAAAUCCUGAAAGCAAGAGCAAACGAAGAGUUUGACAAGGCAGCCAAACUCACUUGUGCUCUCCGCGAACUGAUAGCAAGAGAUAAUAAGCAAACAAAAACUAUGGCACCAGUUGCUGGAACAUGUUCUAAUAAAUAAAUUAAGGGUGGGGAGAACAAGCUCCUUGUAUCAUAUUCAGUUAGAUUACUGCUAAUUAAAUGAUAAUUUCUUUUUGGUUUUCUAGCAUAUUUGUUGCAAAGGUGUUAAUCUGAUGAAGACAAAGAUUCAAUGGUGGCUGCUGCCUUCAAGUCGUCGCAUUUGGUUGUUUGGUCUGUCUUUAAUGUUGGCUGAGUUCUUCAGUGUGGUCAUCGUCGUUGCCUCUACUAUGCAAUCUAUUUCGUGUUGCUGUUAUGUGUUACAUGUUUGUUUUUAGUUUUCAAUUGAAUGUAUUAAACUUUUCUGUACGAGUUUAAUAAUAAGAUGGACUGUUGGGGUGACAAAAGUUUUUCUGA